AUGCGCCUCUUCACUCUCUUCCUCUUCCUCUUCACCCUCGCUUCCUCGAUCACUCUCGCCGCAGCCGAGGACUUCCAAUGGAGCGACAACGAAGUCGUCUCACCGGCCCCACGUACCUCCCACCUCCACCACCGCUCCCUCACCAAACGGGCUUGCUCCAACCUCCUCAUCGACAACUUCUCCUCUCAAUCCCAACUAGACAACCGCAAGAAUGACCUCGGUUACAAAACAUCCGCCGACGGCACAGCCUCAAUCUCCAUCUCCUCUUCCUCCUCGAGCAAACUCGUCAUCACCCCCUCCUCGUCGAGUUCCUACUUCUACUCCAACACCAAGUGCCAAUCGAUCAGUGGCUACUCCGCCGUGCAAUUCAGCAUCGCAGGACCAAGCGGAGCGAGCGUCAAGGUUGCCGUGCGAUACUUCGACUCCGCAACAUCUUGUGCACCCUACGGAACCUCUGGCUACAAGACCGCAUACUACACCGUCACCGGCCUCUCCUCCACCGCCAAACGUGUGACAAUCCCCUUCUCCUCUCUCGGCAUCACACCCGCCGGCUCCGUCAUCUCGAGCGUCUACCUCGAGAACUUCUCCGUCACGGGACGAUCAUACUCCCUUUGGCAACUUGCCCUGACAUGCUCGAGCACCAGCACGAGUACCGGUAAGACCGCGACGUGUACGUCGAGCAGCUCUGGAUCAUACGGCCUCAUCGAUGAUUUCUCCGCUACCAAGUCGACGAAUGACUUGAAUUACGCAACGGGCGAUGACUCUACCUGCAAGUCCGUCACCGUCCUUGCUUCGUCCAACAAGAUCCAGAUCGUGCCCGCUUCGACGUCCUCGUCGUAUUGGUACUCUGACGUCGGGUGCCAAGCCCUCACCAAGUUCAGCGGGGUUCAGCUGUCGGUGGCUGGACCUAGCGGUGCGAGUGUCCAGGUUGUGGUGUCCUAUUAUCCAUCGAGCAGCUCCUGUUCGACUGGGACUGGAGUGCAGACCGCGACCUACACCGUAAGCGGACUGAGUUCGACGGCGAAGAGGAUCAGCAUUCCCUUUUCCACUCUUGGUAUCGACUCCAACAGUGCCGUCCUCGCUUCGAUCCGGUUGAAGAACUUCUCCAGUAAGGGGACGUUCUACCUCUGGAAGCUUGCUUUCACCUGUCCCUCGAGCUCCGCCUCAACCACCUCCGUCGCCAACCUUGGCGGAUCAACCGCCGCCGCAGUCGCACAGACUACCACCUCUUCCGCCGCAACAAGCUACACAACGUACACAGCCUCCAACGUCAACGUCCUCCGCGACGCCCAACUCGACGGCUCGAUCCGUGCAGUGGGCGUAAACCUCGGCGGAAUCCUGCAAUACGAAAAUUGGCUCUCAUCCGGUUCCCCCGUCCAAGCCCUCCUGAACGAACUCGACGACGGUUCCUAUUACGCCGAGAAGGGCGAGCUCGUCAUCAUGCGUGCGUUCCCCAAUAAUCGUUCGGCUAUGGUCACCGCAUUUCAACAACACCGUGCCGUAUUAACCGAAGCAGAUUUCAAACUCAUGGCACAGUACGGUAUCAACUCCGUCCGCGUCCCGAUCAAUUGGGGUAUCAUGCCCGUCAACUCCGGGGGCGGGGAUCCAGACGAAUGGGCAGAUUUCGCGACGGGGUCGUUGUCGGUUUUGGAUAAGAUCGUUAAUACAUGGGCACCAAAGUACGGUAUCACGGUCUUGUUGAGUAUGCACGGGCACAAAGGCACACACGGCGUCGCCGAGCAUGCUUCACCCGGUGCUGCGAAUCCAGUGGUUUAUUGGGACCAAUACACCGAAAACCAGCAAAACUCCGUCAACGUCGCCGUAUACCUCGCGAAACGGUACCUCUCCUCCCCCGCAUUCCUCGGAAUCGGGAUGAUGAACGAACCCGUCAACGUAGCCGAGAGCGUCGUGAGACAGUACUUCCUCGAUGCUUAUGCCGCCGUCCGUGCUGUUUCGAAUUGUUUGUUGGUGUUUGCGCCGAUGUUGUGGCAACAGUAUCCUUCGAACGGAUGGCAGAAUUUCCUUAGCCCAAACGAUGGGUACUACAACGUCCGGGAAGAAUGGCAUCCAUACUUCUGUUUCCCGCCUGACUGGAGCUCCGCCAACAAUUCGGCCCAAAUUCUCUCGUACACUGCGAACGAGCUACAGAACGACUGGAACGGUGCUCCCGGUGUCGGCAAGAUGGCGACGGAAUGGAGUCUCGCCACCCCGAAUGCUAUGUCCUCGUCGGAUUUGACGCAGUUUGCGAAGAACCAGAUGAAAGCCUACGACUACGGUGGCGGAUUCUACUUCUGGACGUGGAAGUUUUGGGCGGAUAAUAAUAAUGAUAACUAUAUCAAUGGGUGGAGUUUGAAGAGUUUGUUGACGCAUGGGGUGAUUACGAAGGCGAUGAUGCAGGCGGCGUGGUAA